GAGUCUUUUACGCUAGUGGCCUAUAUACGUUUUACUCGUGUGUGCAGAACUCACGAGAGCAUGUGCGAAUUUGUGGAUGAAAAUCAAUAGUCCGAGUUGCGUGUCGCUGUCGAUGAUGUUUUGGCUUGAAGAGGCAUGUUUUGUUAUUGUAUUCGAGAUAUGUCGUUAACGGUGCCGCAGGCUCUGCUGCAGUAACGAUCAGCAGCUAUCCUUGUUUUGUUUUUCAGGCGUGCGUCUACGUCAGUUGCCACGACAAUUACGUAGCCCGCAACUCCCUGAAAAUACAAUGGAGGAGUAUACGAAGGCGACGAUUCAAAAGAAGGAGACCAACUGCAUCAUCUUCAAUAUCGAGUACUCGACGAUCAAGGAGAGUACGUGCAUGGAGUAUCGCUCACCCUCCUUCGAGUUCAAAGAGCAUCCCAAAGAAGAAUGUUAUAUAAGUUUUGUGUCUGUGUUCUCAAAGGACAAAGGUCCUUCCUCGCAAAAAGUGGCUGGCAUGACAUUACAUUUCUCAGACAAAAGAUUGAACGAAGAAGUUUGCACUUACCAAGUGGUUGCCAGUGUACUAAAUAGGCCAGAGUUUGGCAUACAUGCAUUUCAAAGUCAUAAAUAUGGCAUCAACGAGUUGAGGCAUUGGAAAUUUUUCAGUACCAACGAACUGUUGAAAGUGGUCAACAAGAGUGGAAUUGUGCAAAUUUGUUUUGACGUAACACGCUUUUGUAGUGGAGAAUUGGUGACUAUUGAGUCAACGUUUGUUCCUCAAAAUGAUGAAAAUAUGAUGAAGUUGUACUCUUUUGCAAAGAAUGGGGAGUACACUGAUAUUGUGCUAAAAGUAGGUGAUCAAGAAAUCAAAGCUCAUAAAAAUAUAUUGGCUGCUCGUAGUAAGGUAUUUGAUGCUAUGUUUAAAAGUAAUAUGCAAGAGGAACAGACUGGUGUGAUAAAUGUUGUAGAGUUUGAAGCUCCUGUGAUUAAAGAAAUGUUGUACUUUAUGUAUACAAACCAUGUUGAAGAUUUAUCACAAAUGGUGCUAAAACUGUAUGAAGCUGCUAAUUUUUAUAAUUUAAUAGAUUUAGAAACAUUGUGCAAGCAUUAUAUGAUAUCCAAUAUUACUGUUGAAAAUGUUACUGCAAUAUCGGAAUUGGCGGAUAAAUAUAAUUUAAAAAAUGUACAAGGAACUGUUAAUAGAUUUAUCAAGAGUAACGAAGCUCAAGUUCUCAAAAAUCAAGAGUAUCUUACUUAUUUGGUCAGUAAUAUAAGUAUCAAAAACAUUGCAAAAUAUUUAACUUUAGCAGAAAAAUACAAAUUAAAAGAGUUUAAAAAAACUCUUAAAGAAUUUGUGAGAGAUAAUAUUAAAGAUGUGAUCAAAGAUUCUAAAUACAGAUAUCUGUAUACUACAAAUAUGAAUUUAAUUCUAGAAAUUGACGAAUACAUUGCAGACCACUAUGAAAAUAACAAAUAAACUAAUCCAUAAUUUACAUCAUAAAAUAUUCCUUUUGAAAUGAUGGAUCUGUGUUUGAAUUUACUUUCAAAAG